AUGCUGUUCGAUAAAAAUAAGCACCUUCGUAUAUCCGAAUUCCAGGCCGUCGUCCUUGCUGGUUAUGGUAGCAGUAAUAGGUACCUUGAAUCACUGUAUCCUGUGGCAGAAGACGAUAAUGUCCCCAAGGCAUUGCUUCCUGUAGGCAACAAGCCAAUCAUCUCUUACACUUUGGACUGGCUUGAGAAAGCUGGAGUUCAUGAUGCCAUUGUGCUUAUACAAGCAUCCGGUAACGCACCACAAAAGUUAUCAGCCUAUCUCGCUCGCGGCUACACCGGCAAUCUUCAUUGCACGGUGGUGAGUGUCCCCGAAGACAGUGGAACCGCCGAUGCCCUGCGAUCGGUCAGCGAUAAAAUUGACAAAGAUUUCAUUGUCGUUCCUUGCGAUCUCUUGACGGAAUUAAAUCCUCGCGAAUUAUUGGAUCUUCACCGUGUACGAAACCCAACCGUCACCGCAUUAUUCUACGCACCCAGUACAUCCGAAGCAAACGCAGAUGACUUACUGCCCUAUGUGGGAAUCGAUCCCACACGCCAGGCCUUGGUCUACAAAGCGGCGCGUGCUGAUGACGAAGAUUUUUCGAUACGCAUGUCCCUGUUGCACAAGUUUGCUCGUGUGCAAGUUCAUACAGACCUACAAGAUGCUCACCUGUACAUUUUCAAGAAAUGGGUUCUUGAUAUGGUGGUAGAUAAGGAAAACAUUUCCAGUAUUUCUGAAGAUUUGAUACCGAUGCUGGUCAAAUGCCAAUACCAAAAGAAGUUGGUGGACCGCGAAUCUGUGGAUACAUAUGCCGCUAAAGCCCCCAAUCUGCUCGCCACUGCAUUAUCGCUAUCAACCACCCUGUCGGAUGUAACAGACGAUGAUUUAUCUGCUUUUGAUCCCAUGCAGCCUCACUUCAAGAGUCCCGUGACCACUCACGUUUACGUCUACCGUGGUGGCUUCUGCGGACGUGGUAAUACAAUUGCAAGCUACAGUGAGCUUAAUCGUCAUGCCACCAAGCAAGGUGCAUCAGUGAUGCGUGUUCCCCAAAGUGCCGAAGUGGCUCCCAAGACACAAGUGGGCAACGAUUCGAUUAUUGGCGAAUACACAAAGAUUGAUGAGCGUUCCUCAGUGAAGAAAUCGUGUGUUGGCGCUCAUUGCGUCAUUGGUAAAAACGUCAAGGUUGCCAACUCGGUUAUCAUGGAUCAUGUGGUGAUUGGCGACAAUGCCAAGGUCGAUGGUUGUGUGAUCUGUAACAAUGCCAAGGUCCUCGAGAAAUCCUCGCUCAAAGACUGUGAAGUCGCUGGCGAAUACAUCGUUGAAAAAGAAAGUCAAAUCAAGGGCGAAAAAUUAGUGGCAUUUAGAGAGGCCAUUGAGUAAAACCCGUUCGUAUACAUUUAUCAUCCCCACCGCAUUCAUUUUUUUUUUAAAUAAUACUGCAAUCUGAAAUCGGCUGAAAUCAUCUAGCAAUCAAGCCCCAAAGGGGAAAAAAAAUUGAUUUCAUGUCUGUAGUUCUU